CGAUCAACAACCAUCAUGAGGAUCGUGGUAGCGCUGGUGGUUGUCCUAGUGGCGCUGGCCGUGGCCGACGCAAAGUGCAACAAGUGCAAUCACAACGAGUGCGAAUGUGAGCUGAAGAUUGCCCGCGGGCCAACGCCUCAAGUGUUCCCAUUUUUCAAGAAGAAAAAGUGCAACGUUACUAAGCCGCUGGAGCUAAAACCGACGCCGGACGUUUGCUCCUGCGAACAGGAGUACCGCAUUCGUCCCUCCUGCUCGGAGCACAUCGAGCCGAAGUUUGCCAAGUCGCGAUCGUGCGAGUGUGGUUUCGAUCAUCAUCCAGCGCAACCGAAACCCAAAUAUUCCGUCGACAUGAUCAGCCGGCAGCUGGCCAUCGAGCACGCAAACAAGCAAAGAAUCCCGGAAACUGACCUGCACAUGUACAUUAACCCGAUGGCACCGCCACCGACGCCCAAGCGCGAUAGCAUCGCGGAGGAGCAACUGUACAAGCUGCACAAGCACGUGCUGGAGCUGAAGCCACCGAAGCGGAAGCGCGUCCACUAUCGCGUCCACUCAUCGGAGGAGGCGGAAGGGGCACCGUGCAAUCCGAAAGAUCAGAGCUACUUUGACAUCUGCUACGGCAAGGUGGAGAUGAAGGAGCCGAAGUUUAACUUACGUCCGCAGGAUGGGCCAGUGUGUGACAACUGCCAGGACAAAUCGACGGCCGAGGAGAUGGACGACUCGGAGGAGGACUAUUCUCCCGAGCAGCCCAUUAAGUACUGCUCGAAGUGUUCGAAGACUAAGAGCAAAUGUGGUUGUGCGACGUGUGCCAAUAGUUACGUCGAAGAGACGGAAGAGGACGACAGUCCGUACUUCCGUCGGGCACGCUCUUCCGACGAUGGCGUAUCGGGGCUGGUAGUCUAGGAUGUGAAUGGGAGGGCAGACAAUUUCGCUCAUUUCCUGUUGUGAUAUGCUAGUAUAAACCUAGUGGUUUGCCGUUCCACAUUUGCAUACAUGCUUGUACAUAAUAACAAGAAAAUAUAAUGUUUUUGUGAUAAUUAUA